AUGUUACAACGCUUUAUUACUUUCAUUUCAUCUUCUUCCUCCAACUAAAAAUCUCCAACAGUUGUAUUAUUUCCAAUCUCAGAAAUUUCCAAGCUCACCUAAAUUAUGACAAUCAUUCAUGAGGCCUGGAGAUGAGCAAGUCAGUUGUUGCCCCUAUUUUAGAUUAGGAUAAGAAGAAGUGUUGAAAGCAAGGAAAUUAAAAAGCAAGUGCUCCAAGAGGUCAAAAGUUUGAGAAACCCUAGAUUUAGUAUUAUUGGUAUCUUGAUGGAUUCAAGCAUCCAAGAGAUGAAUAGCUUCAACCCUAAUCAUCAUGCAAUCUGUUCAACCACAACCACCAGCAUCUCGACAGCCGGAACCUCUUCAUCUCCCUCGAAUCCUAGCCGAUACGAGAACCAGAAACGGAGAGACUGGAGUACCUUUGGUCAAUACUUGAAAAACCAUAAGCCACCUCUGGCACUCUCUAGGUGCAGUGGAGCUCAUGUUCUUGAAUUUUUGAGGUACUUGGAUCAGUUUGGAAAGACCAAAGUUCAUACACCAAUAUGUCCAUUCCACGGCCACCCGAAUCCUCCGGCCCCGUGUCCAUGCCCUCUCAGACAAGCUUGGGGAAGCCUUGAUGCGCUCAUCGGACGGCUCCGAGCUGCUUUUGAAGAAAAUGGAGGGAAGCCUGAGAUAAACCCUUUUGGAGCUAGGGCUGUUAGGCUUUAUCUUCGCGAGGUUCGUGAUGUGCAAUCGAAAGCCAGAGGAAUUAGCUACGAAAAAAAGAAGCGAAAGCGUCCCCUGCAAGAGUUGGCUAAACAUUCAUCAGGACCAAGUGAAAAUUGAUUAGGUUUGGAUCUUGAUUCAGGUCUCUACUCUUUAUAUAAUUAAUUAACUGUAUAAUUCCACAAAUUAGACAUGAUUGGCGUUUGUGUUCA